GAAUUUGAGCGCGGGGGGUACACGGCCAUGCCAGAGGAGAAACUGGCCUAUACUGACUUCUUUCAGCAGACAGACAGGCAAUUGCGAUAAUUGAAGAAAAUUACAGGGUGGGAGGAGAGAGCAGUGUAAUUUAGCCAAGCAGAUAACUUAUCAGCACAAACGCUGCAAAAUAAGCUACGGCGGUCGAGGUUUUUAACCGCUCGUGCUGGACACUGCAAUAUAUUUUAACUAACAGUUUUCAGGAUAUGCGUUAACGUAACGACACUCCAUCUCAACCCAAUAAUAAGCAAAGAAAAGUAAACAGUCGAAAACAUUUCUAUUCGGCUCGUUACCUGUCGCUGAAAGGUUCGCUUUAACUGAGAGAAUAUAUUCUACGACUACGACGUCAGUAGCAGAGGGGCGGAGCAUCGACAAUGGCUUGCGGGUGGUUCCAUAGAGACCUGUCGGGCGUGGACGCCGAGUCCAUGCUGAAGGCGCGGGGGGUCCACGGCAGCUUCCUGGCCCGGCCCAGCAAGAAGAACCAGGGCGACUUCUCCCUCUCCGUCAGAGUGGGGGACAUGGUGACCCACAUCCGCAUACAGAACACGGGGGACUACUACGACCUGUACGGGGGGGAGAAGUUCGCCACCCUGUCGGAGCUGGUGGAGUACUACACCGUGGAGCACGGCACCCUGCAGGACAGGGACGGCACCCUCAUCGAGCUCAAGUACCCCUUCAACUGCUCCGACCCCACCAAUGAGAGGUGGUAUCACGGUCACCUGUCUGGCACAAAUGCUGAGAAGUUGCUAUGGGAACGGAAAGAGCCCGGAACCUUCCUGGUGCGAGAGAGCCUCUCGAAACCUGGGGACUUUGUGCUCUCUGUCCUGACCGAGGAUCCAUGCAAGGGACCAAGCAACAGCAAAAAGAGGGUCUCACAUAUCAAAAUAAUGUGCCAGGAUGACAGAUACACGGUGGGUGGGUCGGAGAUGUUUGAAACGCUGACCGACCUGGUGGAGCAUUUCAAAAGAAAGGGCAUCGAGGAACUGUCUGGGACGUGGGUGUACCUCAAACAGCCGUACUACUCAACCAGAGUUAACGCGGCAGACAUCGACAACAGAGUGAAGAUUCUGGGUCAGACUGUGGAUGGAGAGGACGAAGGAGGAAGUGAGAAAAAGAGUAAAGCUGGCUUCUGGGAAGAGUUUGAUCACCUUCAGAAGCAGGAGGCGAAGCUGAAAAAGAGCCGCGAGGAAGGAAUGAGACCAGAGAACAAGAGCAAAAAUCGAUACAAGAACAUACUUCCCUUUGACGAAACCAGGGUGGUACUGGAUUCUGGUGACCCAUCUGUCAUUGGCUCUGACUACAUCAAUGCCAACUACGUCAGAAAUAAAUUGAGGGAACCUGAGGACCAGAAGGUCUACAUUGCCACACAAGGUUGCCUUGCUACAACUGUAAACGAUUUCUGGCAGAUGGUGUGGCAGGAAAAUACAAGGGUUAUUGUCAUGACAACGAGGGAGGUGGAGAAGGGCCGGAACAAAUGUGUGCCAUAUUGGGCUGAGGUUGAGGGGUCCAAGGAAGUUGGUCGGUAUGUAGUCUGCUGUCGUCAUGAGAAAGAUGCCACAGACUAUAAGAUUCGGAUUCUGGAACUCACACCCCUCGACCAGUCGGAAUCGCCUCGUGAGAUCUGGCACUACCAGUACCUCAGCUGGCCUGACCAUGGCGUGCCACAGGAUGCUGGAGGUGUGUUGAGCUUCCUAACUCAGGUCAACAACAAACAGAUGGAGUUCCCCGGCGCUGGGCCUAUGGUCGUACAUUGCAGUGCUGGAAUAGGCCGGACUGGUACCAUAGUGGUCAUUGACAUGCUGGUAGACACCAUCGAUACUAAAGGCCUGGACUGUGACAUCGACGUCCAGAAGAGCAUCCAGAUGGUGAGGGAGCAGCGGUCCGGCAUGGUGCAGACAGAGGCCCAGUACAAGUUCAUCUACCUAGCCGUGUCUCAGUACAUCGAUGCCACCAAGACUAAGAUGCAGGCCAGCGGGAACACGGAAACGGAGUACGGAAACUUGUCCCUGCAGGCCAAGCCAAAAGCCACCCGGAAAGUUUCUAAGAAUAAAGAAGAGGUAUACGAGAACCUGGCAAAGGGGAAGAAAGACGUCAAGAAGCAAAAAUCAGAGGAGAAGAAGAGUGGUUCUGUGCGAAAGAGAUAAUCCUGGAAAAAUAAGAUAACGGAGUCUAUUGUAUAACUAUCAUGAAGAGUUUGUUCUUGUGGUUUCGUUUUAUUUCGGAUGAGCUAAGCUUUACUUUUUAAAAUUAAUUAAUUUCACUUUGUAUUUAAAACUUUUUUUUCAAUGUCCUUCCCAAAUGGCUAAUGUAUAUGGAAUGGGAUUUGGAGAAAACAUGCACAAUAAAUUGCAUACCUGCCAGCCUACUCUGCCAUCACAGAAGAAGAGAAAAAAAAAAUCAGCAUUGUUUAGUGAGACACUGCUUGUGUUGUAAAGAAUAAAGUAAGAAAUAUAAGUGGUC